ACUUAUACCCUCACCACGAUGGUCAGAUCUUUCACUCAGCAAAGUUGUCGAGCUUUCUCGGCCUCUCAUUCCCUUGUACGCUCUACAAUAAAUCCCAGGGAAUGACUGUCGAACCUGCCUCGGCGAACAUUACCUUCCACCCCGGCUCUGUUGACUGUCCCGAGCGUACUCGCAUCCUGGGCCAGAAGGGCGUCACGAUAUGGUUCACCGGGCUCAGUGCCAGCGGCAAGUCGACCAUUGCGUGCGCACUGGAGCAGCACCUCCUGCACCUGAAGAAGUUCUGCUCCCGCUUGGACGGCGACAACAUUCGCUUUGGGCUCAACAGGGACCUCGGCUUUGACGAAAAGUCGCGGAUCGAGAACGUCCGCCGGGUUGGCGAAGUUUCGAAACUCUUCGCAGAGGCAGCCUGUAUCUGUUGCGCGGCGUUCAUUGGCCAGUACAAGGCCGAACGCGCCAUCGCGCGCGAGCUGCAUGAGAAGGUAGGCCUCGGCUUCAUCGAGGUCUUUGUCGAUGCUCCGCUCAGCGUCGUCGAGCAACGCGACCCCAAGGGUCUCUACAAGAUGGCGCGCGCCGGCGAGAUCAAAAACUUUCCGGGCAUCUCGGCGCCGUACGAGGCUCCAGAGAAGCCCGAUAUUCAUAUCAGGACGGACGAGUGCGACGUCACCGAGGCCGUGCGCAUAAUCAUAACCUACCUCUCGGAGCAAGGCUACAUACAGGCUCCUCACCGUCGUCCAUGGAGGGUAAGACUGCUAGACCUCGCUAGAUGCUGGCUAGACACGCGCUUUCUGUGAUGAGUCAGCGAUUGAUAACAUGUGGAACGCCAUAUCGUUGUGAUCAUCAUCAAGCUGCGCCAGAACAAGAAUAGUUUCAAGGAAGAGGAUGACUUGCUCGCCCUCAGCUAGGAUCUCUAGUUGCGCAUAAAAGGUUGCAUCAACGACGUCAAGGUUGUCACGCCGAAGCAAUGGCUCAAAGGGGCUGAGGAACCGAAGGGCUUCAUUGCCGGCUUCAGUACGUUGCUGGUGUACGGCGCCGCCCUCGCAAGCAAUGCUUCUAUCAUCGGGGACUUGCUCGUGGCCUUGCUUGAUUGCUUCUACUCUUCAUCGGUUCGUCGCUUGAUAUCUUCUGACCUCCCGUGAUCAGACGUGUAUUUAUAGCCCACUCCUGAUUGGGAUGCUCCUCCGGCAACGUCUCCAUCAUCUUCUCGGGGUAGGACAUCGAUUCGCCGACUUCUGCCGUUCGACCAAGCAUGUAAAGGUUUUGCUCGCGGCGUUGGCUGGCCCGAAGACAUCAGUACCAGGUGAGUCUGCAGUACAGUACUCGUGCCGCGAAAGUAAUCAGUCUCUACAGACCCUGUUGAGGAUGACGUGGUACUCACCGAGCGUCAUUUAGACAAAUCCAGAGAUGUCAAGGCAGAUUUGGUCGGCAUCUGGUUACAAAUGCGGAUUUAAAUUGGCUAUGGCGUUUUCAUCACGAUUAUUUGACACCCUCAUCCUCUUUUCGACUGAACAAAAAAGGUUCUGUACAAUGCGUCAGUUCAAGCACUGG